GUCUCAGUUUUAGAGUACAAUGACUACUCCACCCUUUAAACCAAAACGCAUUACUGCUUCAUGGCAGAAAUAGGCAGGGUGGUGGUACCUACCCGUGCGGACUCACAAGACGUCCUGUCACUAGUAACGAAAAUUAAAAUUCAAAAAUAUCUCAAUGCCAGUAAAAUGUAGCUACAGAACGAAGUACACACAAAUCGCUAUCGUCAGUAACGAAUCGGCUACUCGUACUGUAGCAAGUUUAUUUAAUUAAAAUUUUACUAAUAUAAAUACAAUGUCCAACACAAUAUUCGUGGCUUUGUAUUUGAUCGUUUUAGUCAGAGGACAAGAAGAAUAUAUUGUCUCGAAUUUCAUAGAAAUUGAUCAAACGCGAUCUAGCCCGUUGGAAUCAGACACAUAUUUAAUGGCUGAUAAAAUACAACAGUAUGUUGAUGAAAAAGUAGAUGUAAAGGUCUAUUACGAAUCCUUGUGUCCUGGCUGUAGAGUGUUCGACUCCGCGAUAUUAGCACCAACAAUUGAAAGAUUGAAUCAAUAUCUAAACAUUAAUAUCUACCCUUACGGAAAAGCCAAGACCAUAGAAAAGAAUGGUAAGUACGAGUUUAUCUGCCAACACGGUCCCGAAGAGUGUUACGGGAACAAAUUACACGCGUGUGCCAUCGACGUCAUUGGAAACAUAACUAUCGCAGUAAUGUACAACUCCUGCAUGAUGGACUUGAACCAGAAGAACCACGGCUCAGAUGAUCUAGCUGCUGAUGCGUGUGGUAACAAAUUCGAUAUUGAUUCAUCGCCAAUAAAACGUUGCGCAAAAGGUGACAGAGGUGACGAACUUCUCAAGAAAUACGGCGAUGAGAGCAAAAAAGCAAACUACCUAUUUGUCCCGUACAUUCUAGUUAAUGGAAAAGAGAGCAGUAUUUACGCAUUUAUCCUAGACGUUUGCAAUGCGUUUAUUAAUCCGCCACCUCAUUGUGUCAAUGCUUUUUAUUCUGUUACUAGCGUAUAGUUAGUUCCUAAGAAGAGGGUCGUUGUAAGCAUAAUUAGUAAUGCAAUGUAACUAGCCUUGGAUAUUUUUUUAGAUUAAGAAGAAAAUGUAAAGUGUGUUCUAAAUUUAUUUUCCAUUUUAAUUUUGCUUGUAUCCCGGUGAAAUCGUGGACAAUAAAUUAUUCAAAUAAAUUAAUGAAUUAUUA